CGACGUGCCGGCCGCGUGUGAUGUCCCGGGCGGCGAUUGGCCGCUCGCCUGCCGGGGGCUCCUUUCACCGGGACUCGGGACUCCCGGGAAGUGGGCCGGCAGAGGAGGGGGGCAAGCUAGCUCUCUGUGCGGACCUAGUAGAAGACCCCCCCCCGCCCCCGGUGUGAGGCCGCCUCACCUGGCCAGCAGGGCUGGCCAGCCUACGCGGCGGCGGAGGAGGCCGUGAGGAGUACGCGGGACGGGGGCCGGCGCGGAGGGACCAUGGCCCCGCAGAACCUGGGCACCUUCUGCCUGUUGCUGUUGUACCUCAUCGGGGCCGUGAUCGCCGGGCGAGAUUUCUAUAAGAUCUUGGGAGUUCCGCGCAGUGCCUCUAUAAAGGACAUUAAAAAGGCCUACAGGAAACUAGCCCUGCAGCUCCAUCCUGACAGGAAUCCUGAUGACCCCCAAGCCCAGGAGAAAUUCCAGGAUCUGGGUGCUGCUUAUGAGGUGCUGUCAGAUAAUGAGAAACGGAAACAGUAUGAUACUUACGGUGAGGAAGGAUUAAAAGACGGUCAUCAGAGCUCCCAUGGAGACAUUUUUUCACACUUCUUUGGAGAUUUUGGUUUCAUGUUUGGAGGAACCCCUCGUCAGCAAGACAGAAACAUUCCAAGAGGAAGUGAUAUUAUUGUAGAUCUAGAAGUCACUUUGGAAGAAGUGUAUGCAGGAAACUUUGUGGAAGUAAGUUCAAACAAUAUAACUGCUACUAUCGACUUUCAGAACUUCUGUCGGCAAGAGAUGCGGACCACACAGCUGGGCCCUGGGCGCUUCCAGAUGACGCAGGAAGUGGUCUGCGACGAGUGCCCUAACGUCAAACUAGUGAAUGAAGAACGAACACUGGAGGUAGAAAUAGAACCCGGCGUGAGAGAUGGCAUGGAGUACCCCUUCAUCGGAGAAGGUGAACCUCACGUGGAUGGGGAGCCUGGAGACUUACGGUUCCGAAUCAAAGUUGUCAAGCACCGAAUAUUUGAAAGAAGAGGAGAUGAUCUGUACACAAAUGUGACAAUCUCACUAGUUGAGGCUCUGGUAGGUAUCAAACAGCUUCUGAAACAAGGAUCAGUGCAGAAGGUAUACAAUGGACUGCAAGGAUAUUAAGAGUGAAUAAAAUUGGACUUUGUUGAAAAUAAGUGAAUCGGCGAUAUUUAUUAUCUGCAGGGUUUUUGUGUGUGGUUUUGUUUUUAUUUUCAUAUGCAAGUUUUAAUUUUUUUCCUGAUGGUCAUCAUGAUGUGAAUAAGAGGGCUUAAGAAUUUUUCCAUUUGCAUUCAGACAAGAAUGACCAGGAAAAUGGUUCACUAAUACCUCUCCCUUUGGGGAUAUAUUGUCUGGUGCUGCCACCUGAAUUUCAAGAAUUAAAGCUGCAAGAGGACUGUUAAGAACAAAAGAAACAAGGCGAAGGGUUGGAGCUAACUGUUAGUUACUCCAUUCAAAAUGCCAACUGGAGAAGUCUGUUUUUAAAUACAUCUUGUUAUUUUUUCCUGACUCCUGUUUCUUUUCUCCUGUGAGCUAUUCGGGUUGUCCUCUCUCCCCACCAUGCAAGAUGGACAUACAAGCAUGCAAAAGAAUGCUGAGAUGCAGUCCUUGCUCCACGAAACACACAUGGCAUCUUCUAGCAGAGAGCUUGAAGAAAACCAGUAGAUUAGAGAACGGGCUACAAAAAUCAAGAUUAUACAAAGAUCUAACUGUCCUUGAGAAAAAGUAUAUUUUCUCUCAUUUGGGAACAAUAAAAUCUGAUAUGGAUACUUUA